AUGGCGGCCAGGAAGUCCAGCACCAAAUACUUUGAAGAUACACACUCGUUCGAUACAAUCGCGGAACCAGAAAUCCUCAGAACUAUUCUCCGAGAUGAUAUCUUCAUAUUCGCUUUACCACUCGCUAUCUUGUGCCAGUUCGCUCACCCGGCCCUCGCAAAAGGUAGCUAUAGACACUCCAACUUCUCCUCACGGCUCGAGAAGCGCCUUCGCAACACCUUCCGAUUCUGCAAUGUGGUACUAUUUGGCACACAGCAGGAAAAGCAGUCUAUAGUCUCUGUGAUCCACCGACAUCACUCCCGCGUCAAAGGAGCUGGCUAUGAUGCAGAUGACCCCGAACUGCAUCGAUGGACCGCCGCGACGAUGUUCAUGAGUAUACUCACUGUACAGGAGGAGUUCAUCGGAAAGAUGCCACAAAGCAUGAAAGAAGCGCUGCUGCAAGAAUCAGCCAUAUUUGGAUCCUCACUGAAGAUGCCUCCUACAAUGUGGCCGUCAACCCUGGAUGAAUUCUGGAAGUACUGGAAUCAUAAUAUUGCUACGCUGGAAAUCACCCCCGAAGCGCGCAGACUGAGCCAGCAUAUCCUCUACCCUCAAAACACGCCGCUUUGGAUGUCCAUGGGAGCUCCGCUCAUGCGUCUCGUUACUGUGAAUUGGCUACCAGACCGGCUGGCGAGGGAGUAUAGUUUCCAACCUUCCACGAUGAGCGAGCAUAUGUACUACCAGUUUGCGCUGUCGAUCCGUGUGGCAUAUCCACUGAUUCCAACAGUUUUCAAGCAGCGGCAGCAUCGCUUUUAUAUGACGGAUCUUCAACAGGCACUCAAACGGCUGAGGAGGGAUUAG